AUGACAUUGCAGGGGGAGUCUGCAUCAUUGAGUGAUAGAUAUGGUCUGGUUAUUGGCCUUCCUACUGCUACUUCCAUUUUGAUGAAGAAACAGAUUCAAUAUCGGUUAUCUCAUGGAAUAGACAUGGAAAUGAGGGCCUCCCUAUCAGAAUAUUGGUGGACUUAUAUGAGGACAAAUGCAAAAGGUCUGGUUGAGAUUCGGAGGCUGACUGAGGCUGGGAGACUGAAAGUUUCUGUUCAGAAGACAUUCCCAAUUAUGCAAGUGCAAGAGGCACAUCAAGCUAAAGAUACAAGGAUAAAUCCGGGUGCUGGUCGAUUAAAAAUUGACUUUUGGAUUGCAAAAGAGAUCAGGAAUGUCCAUAAUAUUGUAGGGUUCAAGAACUUCUUCCCUUUACAGUCCAUUAUUGAGCUACGGUCGAAAGUUUUUUACAACCUUGAUAUUACCUUAUUUGUUAUUUUGCGGUUCCAAGGAGACAGUUGGGAUCCGGUUGAGUUGAAAAUCGGAGAUUGGUUAUGUAAAAGAUGGACCUCUGGCAUAGAUAUACUAUUAGGUACACAUGAAAUCAAGAACAAGAAUGUUAUUGUUUUCUUGGCUGGGAAUGAAACGACAGAUAUCAAAGCAAAAUAGGGUACAUAUGAAACUUACAACAUUCUACUGGAAUGGAAUCUUGAAUUCUGAUUCUGUCAGAAUAGAAUCUUGAAGAUGAACAUUGUAUGGGAUGAAGAUGAACAAUGGCCACCAAUCUUCCAAAAAGAAUGGAUUAUUCCAGCAAAAUAAUAUACAAUAUAAUGAAAAAAAAUAUAUGUAAUGGUAUAUUCAGGUAGAAUGACUUAUAUAUUGUAUUUGUUUGUUAUUAAUAAGCGUAACAUUCUUAUACAAUAAUAUAUAAUUUUUUUUUCUUUUCUAAGAAUGUAAUGAAAUUUUUUUAACUUGUAUCCAAUUUUUUUUAAUUCUUCAAGAAGUUUAUUAAAUCA